AUGUCUGACUGUAUAGGUACUGCUUCCUCACGGAUGUGGCAGGAUAUCAUACCACGGCUAUCCUUUGAGCAUGAUCUGGUUCUGAACCCGAUGUUGGCACUUUCUGCGCUUCAUCUGCACUCUACAUCGCCAAACGAUGCUGAAAUAGAAAUUUCAGUACGCUGGUAUCUGGACCGUGCACUGUCAAAUCACCGUCAAGCAUUGUCAACUGAGAAGCACGUGUCAGAGCAACUCUGGCUCUCUGCUAUCCUCCUUGCUCAUAUACACUGGCUACUUGUGCACCAGACAUGCUCUGACAAGACAUAUGAGCUUCCGCUUCGAGGAUUCGACAUGUUUGAAGGAGUGACGUCUCUCUUCUUCCAAGGAGGAGUCUCACUGCAACAAUUAGGCUACGACUGGGUAUGGAACGGCACUUUACCCCAAGUCUCAUUUAACGAUGAGUUGCUCGCCCGCGCUGAAACGUCUCUACGAAAAAUAGAAAACGAACUCCUACAACUGAUUGAGGCAUUCAAUGUCUCAGCUAUGGACGCGAAGGUCAUAACUAUUUACCUAAGUGCCAAAGACUACAUCCUACGCUGUUUUCGUGCUUUCUACUCCAACACUUCGGCGCAGUCUCUCCGGCCUUGCGUUGGUUUCAUGUUUCUGAAAUGCCAUGCCGGGUAUCGCGAGCUGCUUGAAAGACAUGACCCACUUGCAUUGGCAAUGAUGGCAAGAUCGCUGGUUUUACUUCACAAGAUAGACCACGUUUGGUGGCUAAAUGGUGUAGGAGAGUACGAAACUAUUAGACGAGACAUACAAGGUAUACGUACGCUACUGCCAGCGAGUUUGAGCUGGACGAUGGAAUGGCCAUGUACGCUUCUAGAGGGUGAUCUUCUUUCUGAAGAUUUAUAG